UAGAGGAGAGGAGGAGAGGAGAGGCAGAAGAACAAGAGAAAGAGUCUCUCUAAUCGGGAUCCAGAGAACUAACCAAGAUGCAAUGCCACCGAGAUCAAGACGCUCUCAUCCCGAAGCCUCGUGGGACUUUGCCUAAGCUGUGUGCAGCGGUGCUGGCUGCCAUAACAGUGGGAUGCAUCAUGUUUCUGUCUCCUGAAAGGUUAUUUGGCUGGGUUGCUAUGGUAAUACUCAGCCUGACCCUUGGCCGUCUGCUGCACGGGCUCUGUCUGCUGGCAGAGGAGAUGCUGUACCAUUCAAACACAAGGUAUCAAGGUAGAGGGCUGCUGAGCCAUGUGCUUCCUGCCUGUGGCUUGGAGGGAAAGACUUUGCUGACCGCUGGUCUGGCAGGUCUUGUGCUCUACCUGGAUGGACAACCUCUGUCCAACCAAGGCCAGUGCUGGAAAGUCCUCCUUCUGGCCUCAGCUCUUUACGCUCUGCUUAAAAGCCUGGGCGUCCUGGGUCCGUCGGAGGUGGAGGUGUCAGACAUCUGCGAGGGGAGGCAAAUGAACGUGGCCCACGGCCUGGCCUGGUCCUUCUACCUGGGCUACUUGCAAUUGGUGCUGCCACGUUUGGAGAAUUCCAUUGCAUCAUUUCAUUCCAGCCAUCAAUGGAAUGGUUCCUCUUGGGGUCGCGGCUCCAAGAAGCUCCUGAUCCUCAUUCCUCUCAACGCCAACAUCUCGCACAAGUUAGAAGAUGAGGACGACAACAUUAGUUUUCACGACAACCUCCCAAACAGCGAGAUUGACAGGGCAGGGGUCCGGGGCCGGGUCUACAAGCACAGCGUCUACAGAGUGGUGGGCGAGGACGGGAAGGCCCGUGAGUGUGUAGUGGAGUAUGCCACACCUUUGCUGACACUCUACAAAAUGUCCCAGGACAGCAAUGCUGGUUUUGGGGAGCCUGAGCGCAGGCAGCAGGUGCUGAUCUUCUUCAGGACCCUGCAGAACAUCCUGGAGCAGUCGCUGGAGUGUCGAAACCGCUACACACUCAUCCUGCUCAAUGAUGAGCGUAAGGACGACCCUCACUUCCUGUCUAAGGCCAUCCUCACACACCUGCAGCAGCAGGAGAAAGAGGAGUUCUGCGUCACGCCUCCUCCCAAACCGGACAUGAUGAACCCGUUAGCGAACACUUCAAGCGUCCAGCCAAGUGAAUUGCACGUAAACGUCAGGUGGCAGCGCCCAGAGCCACUGAGCAGGGAGCCCACCAUCAUGUUCAGCCUGGAGAAGCCUCAACCCCUGAAGGUGCCUGUUGAAACCAGCGAAAAUUAUCGUGGACCAACAUAAACACAUGCUCAGACACACACGCAUGUAUGCACGCAUGGUCGCACACAUUAUCAUACUCCAAUUAUAACAUACAAUUUUCUUCUUACAUCAGUUUGAAGCACAUCUGAAA